AUGGCUGUAUCAUCUACAUCAACAUCAUCGCAGGCAGUUGAUGAUGCACCUGAUGGUGAUGAUGAUGAUCAUAAACAUCUUGACGCAUCAUAUUUAGUAAAUGAUCCAAGUGAUUCUGAAGAGGAAACCUUUGAUAAUAAUCUUCAUUCACAACAACAAACAUGUCAAAGGCGAGAUGUAAAAUGUGGUGCAGUUGUGCAUUUAAGUUUAGAUACACGUACAUUCAUCGAUACUAAUAAUGUUAAUCAUCAACAUCCACCCGAUAGAUUUGGCAUGAAACAAAAACUUUUGAACCAAAAAAUUGAUGAUAGACUUGGUGCUGAACCAACUGCAGUUAUGAAGGUGAUUGAACUUGUAUAUGCCGAGGCGAAUUUGACGGAUGAGGAGCAAUUAAAUAUACGUCUGCCUCGAACAGCAGCUAGUACUUUUUAUAAGAAAAGAUCACGUCGUUAUCCUGCACAUCCAAAAACACAGGAUUUUAAUAUUCCACAUUUUUCCAGCACAAAUAAUCGUGGUGAAAAUUUUGUGAUUUACGAUGGAAAUAAAGAACGAUUGAAUGGACGGUUAUUGAUAUUUAGUACACCAAAAUUAUUAUCAGCGUUAUUUGAUUCUGACAUUAUUCUAUGUGAUGGUACGUUUAAAACUCGGCCAUUACUAUUUCAACAAGUUUAUGUUUUAAUGGGCCGAUAUCAUGAUGAAACAAUUCCUCUGGUGUGGUGCUUAACUUCGUCUAAAACUCAAUCGGUAUAUCAUACUAUUUGGAAAAAAUUGCAAAAGGUUGCUAAGCACAUGCAAAUGGAAUGGAAAAUGGCAGAAUGUUUAAUGGAUUUUGAACGUGCCAUGAUCAAUUCUUGUCUUGAAGCGUUUCCAAAUGUUCAUGUUAAAUGUUGUUGGUACCAUUUUGUUCAAGCUUUAUGGCGAAAAAUUCAGAAACUUGGUCUUACUACUUCAUAUGAAACAGAUCCAUUGGUUAAUACAUGGUUCAAACAAUAUAUGGCUUUACCAUUGAUUUUAAGAAGAUUAAUAGAUGAUGGUUUACAAUUAUUGAAAGAUACAAUUCCUUCAAAUGAUUAUAAAUAUCGUAAAUUCCUGAAGUAUUUCGAAAAAGAAUAUAUUAAACGUCCAUCUAUUGAUUUAUGGCACCAUGGCAAUAAUGACAUGAAAACAAAUAACUCUUUAGAAGGAUAUAAUUUUCGAUUGUUAAUGCGAUUUGGAUUACAUCCGUCAAUUUGGGAAUUUUUGCAUUUUUUGAAGGACGAAGAAGCCCUAGUUUCACAUCUAAUUACACAUUUAGUUGGAGGAAGUGGAAUUACAUCAAGUACAUUAGUUUAUUCAAUUAUGCAAUUUAUUUCAAAAUCUAUUGGUUUAAAAGAAUAUUUAAAAUCUGCAUCAUUAAUGGUUGGUAAAAUUGUCGGACAAAGUACGAAUGAAAAGACUUAUGAUCAAGCAACUGCAAAUGAAUAUUUACUCGAAGAUGAAGAUGAAAAUGAUUAG